GCUGCCGCGUCUUGGAGUCAGUGAAGUAUACGUGGCAGUGACGUCAUUCCGGAAAUGACCCUGGUCGGAACUUUAACUCCGGGCUGAUUUACUUCUCACCAGAAACAUCGAGAGCUUCGGAGAAUAGUGUCAUUAUAUCCCAAACAUGUGUGGUCAUAGAUAUAUGAAGGAAACUCCACCUUGGCUUUGAGUCCGUCCACACGUCGAGAGGUUCUUGUGUCCACCGCCCAAGCAGACUUCAGGAGGACUCUGUGGUCUCAGGUGGCUUCUGGUCUACAGGUGGCUUCUGGUGAUCCUUUACCCACGGCAAGAUGACGUGCCGGGACCGGACCCUCGAGUUCCAGUCAGCCUGCAAAUCUCUCCAGGGCAGACAGAAUGGAGUCCAGCCCACUAAACCAGCUCUCAGCGCUCUCAGACAACGCAGUGACUUCACAGUUAUGGCCAAGAGAAUUGGGAAAGACUUAAGCAACACAUUUGCCAAACUCGAAAAGCUUACGAUGUUGGCAAAAAGAAAAUCUCUAUUUGACGACAAGACGGUGGAGAUUGAGGAGCUAACAUACAUCAUUAAACAAGACAUCAACAGUCUAAACAAACAAAUUGCACAGCUGCAGGACUUGGUGAAGUCUCGUGGAAGUCCACGUGGCCGACACAUCCAAACCCAUUCAACCACUAUAGUGGUGUCAUUACAGUCCAAAUUGGCUUCAAUAUCCAAUGACUUCAAAUCAGUUCUAGAGGUCAGGACAGAGAAUCUGAAGCAGCAGCGUAGCAGGAAAGAACAGUUCUCCCAGCCUCCUGUGUCGUCUUCUUCCAUGGGUGCCAACAACUUUAGGAGCCGCAAAAAAGGGGCCCAGGAGCCGCAUGCAGCUCGCGAGCAGCGAAAUGACUACCAGGGCUAUACCACCACAAAUUUAAAAGGUUCCUCAGUUCUGAUGCAAGAUGAGAGCCGGAACUCUGGGGACGUGGCUAUUGAUAUGGGCUCUUCUAGUAAUCCUUUGCAGCUCCAACUCAUUGAUGAUCAGGACACGUAUAUCCAAAGCCGUGCAGACACCAUGCAGAACAUAGAAAGCACCAUUGUGGAGUUGGGCUCCAUAUUCCAGCAGCUGGCACACAUGGUCAAGGAACAAGAGGAGACCAUCCAGAGGAUCGACGCCAAUGUGGAGGACACCCAGCUGAACGUGGAGGCUGCCCACACAGAAAUUCUCAAAUACUUCCAGUCAGUCUCCUCCAACCGCUGGCUGAUGAUCAAGAUCUUUCUUGUUCUCAUUGUCUUCUUCAUAAUCUUUGUCGUCUUCUUUGCUUAAAUAAAAAAAAAGUAAUGGUUGAAAGGAGAAGAAAAGCACAUUGAAUGAGGGAAGGUGAAGGUAAAGUUGGACCGGGGGAAAAAAAAAAGUCCAGACAACAUAUUUGGAGGACAGACUUCUAUAAACCGGUCAAAUGAAAGCUUGGGAUCAUUCAAACAUAUAGACUUGUUAUUCCUAAGCUGCAGACACUUCAUUCAACAGAUGAGUGGUGAAGGAAGAGGUUGAAUUCUGUCCAAAUAACAUAAGUAAAUGAUCUAAAAAAUCCAUUUGUAUAGAGAUGCAGCAGAAGACUGCUCUGGGUUAUACUUUGACCAAUUAUUCCUGAGCAUCUAAUCAAAAUGGCUGUAAUUUAAUGGUUUGAUUCUGCAAACUGUUUUAUAGUUUGAUUUUUUUGUUUUCUCUCUUGUCUUUCUUUUAUUAUUUCAAAGCCAAACAAUAGAACUUAAGUUUUUUCUUAAUUUCUUUGCUUCUUAGUUCACCUUCUUUUAUUGGAAGAGCUUGACUAUAUAUCAUUUACCAGAUAUUCUUAACUUGCCACUAUUCAGUUGUGAUGUGAAAUAUAUAUAUAUAUAUUUUUCCCCCAGUUGCAUUCUGGUUUGCAUUCAUUAUAUGCAACGUUUAUUUGCCAAAUGGGUACACUUAUUGAACUGUGACACAAUACAAAUAUGCUCAGUGAAGCAGUUUACAACUAGCUGAACUCAAGUUUGAUGUGUAUUUGAAGCAUGAGCUGUAAAAAGUGUAAAGUUACAUAAAAGUAUUGUUUUAAAUGAAACUCUUGAUUCGCAGUGAUCAGGUCGUUGUAACGGUUUAAAAGGUUUAAACCUCUGCAGUGCCGCAGAAAAGAUCAGGACUAAUGAAGGGGUUCCUCUGGUUGUGAAGACCCCUUAAUGACUCAAACAGCCAGACUCCCUGGAAGUGCCUGGUCGGGUGUCCACUGUAGUUACUCCCCCUCUGUAUCUAAUGUAUAGGAUGUUAUUUAAAUGACCACAGCUUUUGACUAGAAAGAAGACAUUAUUCCUUUUUUUUCUCUCCUGUUUUUUAGCCAAAUGCCUUGACUUCAGUGUAUAAAGUGCAAAUAGUCAUGAUGAUGUAUUGAUAAGAGUGCACAUUAAUAAAAAAAAAUAUUUGGAUCCUGGUACUCGUGUCUGAGAUUUUCUUGG